CCACGUCCCAUGCCAAGAAAUUCCUUUCAGUCCCAGGUCAACUUAGUGAGCCCUGGAUCAACAGUGAAUGCAAAAAUGGACAUGGAUACUAGCAAACUACACUGCAGACAUCAAGAAUAUAAUCUUGGACAGUAUCAGCUCAAGCGCACACGCACUGGUCCACUCCCUGCUCUGCCAGCAGAGAGCAGUGUUUGAGAGCAAACAUGGGAAAGUCCUGUCCCUACCUGUCACCAUCUCCACUAUAGGGUUCUACAUAAUCAGAAAUGAUAGACGAGAAGGAACACCAAUCAGUCUUCAGGCUAUUUUGGAGUCCAACCCACUGCCAGUCAACAUCCAACCAAUAACGCCACUCAUCCUGCCGUGGCUGUCAGGAGGCCAUAGGCUGGACACACUGACAAUCACACGCACCUAUGAGGAGCAGCUCUUACUGGGCUUUCCUUCCAGCAGUGAAGGAAUCCUCUCCAGACACACUCCUCUGGUGCUGCCCAUGUAUAUGAAGGAGGUGCGUAUUGCACUGGCAGAGGUGUUGGAGAGACUCAAUCAGGGCCAGUUUGAGGACGCCUGUGCUACAUUGGGGGGGCAGAUCGAUGAGCUGGGCCACAGGAACCUUUUCAUCUUUCAAGAUAUCACCAUUUUGAAUAAGAGUUGAUUGAAAAGGGUCACAAAUACAUGGAGGUGAAGCCAAUCUACAGGUACAUGAGCCUGAAGA